GAGUUUUACAUACUGCAGCAGAGACAUCUUGUGCGUAUAAGUGUGUAUGAGUAGGCCUAUAUGUUCGGGUAACCAAUAAACAUUGACAAUACGGACAGGUGGCAGUUUCAACAAAUCCAGAGUAAAGAAUGGCAACGUGGGACCUAUCAGUCACUGUGGAGGAUCUUGGUCCUGAUGCUCCGCCCCUCAAAGUCAGCGUGACCUCUGACUUGCACAUUGGUGGAGUUUUUCUUAAAGUAGUAGAGAAAACCCAGCUGAAGAAGGACUGGUCCGAUCACGCCCUGUGGUGGGAGCAGAAGCAGCAGUGGCUGCUCCGGACGAACUGGACGCUGGAUAAAUGUGGGGUGCACGCAGAUGCUCGCCUCAUUUUCACCCAACAACACAAGCCAGUUCGGCUGGGCCUGCCGAAUGGGGCGACGCUGAAAAUGCGGGCGUGUUUUUCCAGUCCUGUGUUUCGGACUGUAAUGGGAAUCUGCAGAAUUCUUAAUAUUCGUCGGCCAGAGGAGCUCUCCUUGCUCCGUCCUGUUGAAGAAAAAAAGAAAAAGAAAGAUAAAGAUUCCUUAGAAGAGGUGUAUGACAUUACGCAUCUGCCUCUAUCCACAGGUUCUGGUCAGAUUCUGUGUAACGGAAUGCCGGCCCAUUUUGCUGAAUCUCCAAAAACUGAGGACGCAUAUAAAAUGCUGUCUGUUAGUCAACCCUCCCCUCCACCUGAAGCCAUGGCGAAAAUCUAUCGGCCAGCCAGUGUGGUGGACAAAACACACAUUCACAGCAGGUGGUUGGAUUCAUCUCGCUCACUAAUGCAGCAGGGAAUGAAAGAAAAUGACAAACUUUCGAUGCGUUUUAAAUACUACACUUUCCAUGAUGUGGAUCCCAAGUAUGAUGCAGUGCGUUUGACGCAGCUGUAUGAACAAGCUCGAUGGGCUAUUCUCCUGGAGGACAUAGACUGCACAGAGGAAGAAAUGAUGCUGUUUGGAGCCCUACAGUAUCACAUAGGAAAACUGUCCUUGUCUCAGGAUGCGGUAUCUUCCUCUCAAGGGAUGGAUGACCUGGAGUCUGCCCUGAAAUCUUUGGAGGUCAAGAUGGUGGGAGAGAGUAACAGCACAGACAUGCUGGAUAACAUGACUGCUCCAGAACUGACAGACUAUUUGAAAAUAUUUCGGCCUAAGAAACUAACUCUAAAGGGUUACAAGCAGUUCUGGUGCAAAUUUCAGAACACAUCGAUCUGCUAUUAUAAGAGUAAAGAGGAUCGCUAUGGAGAGCCAAUACAACAACUCGAACUGAAAGGUUGUGAGGUGGCCCCUGAAGUAAACGUUGCAGGUCAGAAGUUCUGCAUCAAACUCCUCAUUCCUGCACCAGAAGGCAUGAAUGAAAUCUAUCUGCGAUGUGAAAAUGAGACGCAGUAUUCUCAGUGGAUGGCAGCUUGUAAACUGGCCUCCAAAGGCCUGACCCUGUUGGACAGCUCGUAUCAAAGUGAAGUGAAGAACAUCCAGUCUUUUCUCACCAUGCAGCGCUCCAAUUCUGCAGCUGCCUCUGCACAAACAGACGAGAGCAUCAAUACACACAGUCUUGUCUCACCAAGAUACCACAAGAAAUACAAGCCCAAACAGUUAACCCCUCGUAUUCUGGAGGCUUAUCAAAAUGUUGCCCAGCUUUCCUUGACGUCUGCCAUGUUGAAGUUUCUGCAGAUCUGGCAAGCUCUGCCUGAUUUUGGAAUAUCCUACUUUAUGGUCAGGUUCAAAGGCAGUCGUAAGGAUGAAGUUCUGGGCAUCGCUAACAACCGUCUGAUCCGUAUAGAUCUGGGAGUUGGAGAUGUGGUGAAAACGUGGCGCUAUAAUAACAUGAGACAGUGGAAUGUUAAUUGGGACAUUAAACAGGUGGCCAUUGAAUUCGACGGAAACAUUAACAUAGCGUUCAGCUGUGUGAAUGCAGACUGUAAGGUUGUGCACGAGUACAUCGGAGGAUACAUCUUCAUGUCCACACGUUCUCGGGAGCAAAGUGAUACGCUGAAUGAAGAGCUGUUCCACAAACUCACUGGAGGUCACGAUGCUCUCUGAGCACAAAGGAACAGCUUACAGAGAAAAAAGACUAAAGCCACAAUUGGAGGAAACUGAUAAGAAGUGUUAGGACGGGACUGCAACAGCACCCUUCAUUUUACUUAUAUACAGUAUAUACAGUAUUAGUUAUAAAUAAUGAGCGUACAUUAGGGAGCUAUGAUUUAAAUAGAAAAAUUGUGAGUACCUGUAGAUGGCAAAUGAAACCUGUGUGUUUUUCAUGUCAUGUAUUAACACGUUUUAGUCAUUAUGGUGCAUUGACGUUUCAUCAAACUAUAUACUUGGUGCCUAUAUACAAAAGGAAUGAUUUAAAAUGUAUAAUAUUCUGAAAUAAUCUAAAUGUAGUUGGUCAUAAUACAUUGAGUGCCUUUCUUAGAAGUCUGUCUGUAUUAUUACCAGUAUUAUCUCAUUUGUGUAACAGCUCAGGAAACCACAGUAUAUCAUUGGCUACCAGGCAAAGGUUAAUUGGUCUGCGCUCUUCAAUGCAGAAUGUCUUAUCGCUGUACAACAGAGUUUCAGUUAACUGUGUUGUACCAUUGUCUCUGUCAGUGUUGUUUUUAGAUUCAGUCAUGCCUGGGAGAGCUUGGUUUUUACUCAUUAAGUUAACAAAUGUCAUCUCUGCAGUGUUUUUCGAAUGAGUUUCACAGCAUUGCUAAUUCUCAAUAUCCAGAACAGUAUAACUGUAUAAAAGUCGUUUGAUCUUCUCUAAAGGCACAAUUUGUUAUAACAAUUUCACACAUUGCAAAUACUUAAUGCAUUUAUUAAUGCUCCUGGAGGUCAU